UCACUGCAGCCCUCUCAUAUCCAGUACACAAAGGGGCAGGGGAUCAUCAUAGCCAGCAUACCGACUCUGCUACACAGACUACUCUACUGCUCACUCACACAGACUCAGACACACACAGACUCAGACACACACACACACGUCACCCAGAUACAGUCAGUCACAGUGUAACUCACACCAGGACCAGGCAUUUUUCAGGCUGGGCAGUCACAAGUACCAGCAAGGAAUCAGUGACCAUCCACCCUCCCAGCAGAAGCCAUAUAAUAUUACUGAGGGAACGUCUGAGAAGUUGCAAGAGAACUCUUCAGCAGUUUGGAAUUUGGACUGUACCAGAUCCACCAGACGUUGGGAUUUAAAGCCCUCUGUUGAACCAGGCCGGAAGGAGGUUAAUCUAGGAUCAGACAGUAUGCUGGCUCAGAUCCUACAGGAGAUGUGGGUGGACCCAGAGGUUCUGGAGGCCCUGAGUGAAGACCAGAAGAGAAUCUUGUUCCUGAAGAUGAGAGAGGAGCAGGUCAGACGCUGGAAAGAGAGGGAGGAGAAGGACGAGAGAGAGAGGAGAACCAGGGAACACGCCAGGUCUAAGAAAGGUCACAGUAAGAGCGUGCACUGGCUGUUAGGUCGUGAUGGGGAUGUGAGUGUGAGCGUGAUCGGAGAGGUGGAUGAAUUUAGAUCCUCCAAACUCCUCCAGACCCUUCGUACCAACACCAGACUACAGAGUACAGAAAUUAACAACCUAGUGGUUGAUAUCCAUACUGUGUCUCUACUGACAGACAGAGAGAACCACCAAACCAGCUCACAAUCAGCCAUACUGAUGCAACUCAGCGAAGACUCAGACGGGUCUAAGGACUCUGAGGAGGACCAGUACACAGGUAGUGCUGAGGUCGACCCAAAGGACACCAGGAAGGACAGCAUCGACAGUGUGUCAGGCUACAGCACAGAUGACCUAAAGGACUGGGGCCUCUGCUACAGACCCCACUGCAGCAACAUCAGCCUCUGUCUCCAACCCCAGCUGUCAGCCAGAGAAAAGGCCUGCCCACAGAGCAGAAGAGUGGUGGUCAGUCAUGAAGAGGAGAGCCCAGCAUUUGGUGGUCGGGUGGCCCAGCUCAGGAGAGCAUUUGCCACGUCCUCUCCCACCGCCAUGCCCCGUAUGGCCACCAAACCCUUUCACCUGUAGCCAGCAGCCAAACCUUCCCUCAGGUAACACCAGGGUCACCUCCAGUCAACCAACCACACAGAAGAGGUACUGCCCACUUGACGGGCUCAUAUGAAUACCAGGUACAAGUGACCUACGGACAGACACUCACCUGAGGAACGGUGCUGAGAAAUAUGAGCUCCAAACUUAGCCGAGUUAAAGGUGGACAUGCACGGCUGAGUGGGAGGAAUGCUUGGCGCUGGUAUUCUGGUGAAACGGCUCCCUUUAAAGGUGCCUGGAGACUGAAUGGUAGUCAUACAGUUCUACCUCUCCUUGAAGCUAAAUACACAAGAGGUUUGGACAUGGCUAACACUAGAGAUAUUUCUACAUAUGUACAAGAGGUUUGGACAUGGCUAACACAAGAGAUAUUUCUACGUAUGUACAAGAGGUUUGGACAUGGCUAACACAAGAGCUAUUUCUACAUAUGUACAAGAGGUUUAGACAUAGCUAACACAAGAGAUAUUUCUACAUAUGUACAAGAGGUUUGGACAUGGCUAACACAAGAGAUAUUUCUACAUAUGUACAAGAGGUUUGGACAUGGCUAACACAAGAGAUAUUUCUACAUAUGUACAAGAGGUUUAGACAUGGCUAACACAAGAGCUAUUUCUACAUAUGUACAAGAGGUUUGUAUCUGCUUUGUACAUGGGGUGGAGGAAAAGAUUUAGCUUCACGUUUCUUAUCAUGAAUUAUGUUUAAAAAAAAGAAAAACCCCAGCUGUAAUAAGGGGCGUGGUAUGUUUGGGCUAUAGGUCAAACCAUCCUGUCAUGUUUUUAGUUGCCUGAUCUUUUGCUUUGUUAGUUGUUGUUAUCUAACGGUCUAACCUCGUAGAUUUUCUGGACAUAUUCUGUUUGGAAUAUUUGCGCUCUAACUACAUUUGUUUGAGGAGGUUAUUUCAAUACUGUGUGUGAAACAUGCUUGUGCAAUACACAAAUUAAUUUGACCUGUUGUCUUCUAAUUCAGCUGAAUAAAAAUGUGGGAAAAAUGUGCGAGGGUGUUUAAGAUAGAGAGAGAGGACUAAUAAAGAGAGAGAGAGGAUUAAUAAAGAGAGAGAGAGGAUUAAUAGAGAGAGAGGAUUAAUAAAGAGAGAGAGGACUAAUAAAGAGAGAGAGAGAGGACUAAUAAAGAGAGAGAGAGGAUUAAUAAAGAGAGAGAGGAUUAAUAAAGAGAGAGAGAGGAUUAAUAGAGAGAGAGGAUUAAUAAAGAGAAAGAGGGGAUUAAUAAAGAGAGAGAGGACUAAUAAAGAGAGAGAGGGGAUUAAUAAAGAGAGAGAGAGGAUUAAUAAAGAGAGAGGAUUAAUAAAGAGAGAGAGGGGAAUAAUAAAGAGAGAGAGAGGAUUAAUAAAGAGAGAGAGGGGAUUAAUAAAGAGAGAGAGAGGAUUAAUAAAGAUAGAGAGGAUUAAUAAAGAGAGGGGAUUAAUAAAGAGAGAGAGAGGAUUAAUAAAG